AUGCCGGAGCAGCUGCUGAUCGUGGGAAAACUACUUGCACGUGAUGCUUCUGCUGAUAUGAUGUGUAAGCCUACUGUGGGAAUAACUAUGUUUGGUGUUACAACUACUCCAUGUGUUACUGCUGUGAAGGAAGGGUAUGAGACGCUUGUAUUUCAUGCUACCGGAGUUGGCGGAAAAGCAAUGGAAGAACUUGUUAGAGGCGGCUUCAUACAGGUAGAAGUUUGUGUUGUUGAUGUCUCAAGUAGUCAGAAGGAAACAUCUCCUCUAGAAGGCCUUUCUUUUAUCAGUAGAAAAGAUAUUCUUUCGUAUGUGCCCUCAUUUGUUUCUUACAAGCUUCCGGAUGAUAGAGGUGAAGCAAUUGCAGUCAUGAGUAGUGCCCUCAUUUGUUUCCUGAGGAAAGCUUAUGAGGAUCGCAUCCUAGGUGGAGCCAUAGGCAUUGGAGGCAGUGGAUCGACUUCUCUAACUGCUCCGGCUUUGAGAUCUCUUCCUCUGGGAGUACCAAAGUUAAUUGUGCCUACUGUGGCCAGUGGUCAGACUAACCAAGUCGGAACAUCGGAUUUAACACUGUUUCCAUCAGUAGUUGAUAUCUGAGAAAUCAAUAGUGUCAGUAAAGUUGUACUGUCUAAUGCCGGAGCAGCGCUGAUCGUGGGAAAACUACUUGCACGUGAUGCUUCUGCUGAUAUGAUGUGUAAGCCUACUGUGGGAAUAACUAUGUUUGGUGUUACAACUACUCCAUGUGUUACUGCUGUGAAGGAAGGGUAUGAGACGCUUGUAUUUCAUGCUACCGGAGUUGGCGGAAAAGCAAUGGAAGAACUUGUUAGAGGCGGCUUCAUACAGGGUGUUUUGGAUGUGACAACAACAGAAGUUGCUGAUUAUGUAGUCGGUGGUGUUAUGGCUUGUGAUGGUUCCCGAUUUGAUGCCAUCAUAGAGAAAAAGAUCCCUUUGGUCUUAUGUGUAGGGGCCUCAGAUACGGUAAACUUUGGAGCUAAGGAUACAACACCUCCAGUGUUUAAAGAUAGAAAGAUUCAUGCACAUAAUGGUCAGGUUUCGCUAAUACGAACUACUGGCGACGAAAACAAGAAGUUUGCAAGAUUUAUUGCUGAGAAAGUGAAGUCUUCAUCAAGAGUUUGUAUUUGUCUACCAGAGAAGGGCGUCUCUGCACUAGAUGCUCUUGGGAAGCCAUUUUAUGAUCUAAUAAAUUAAUUGGAUAAGCUAGUAGAGAAAAACAGUGAUAGACAGGUGAAGAUAAUACCGUGCCAUAUCAAUUAUCCAAAUUUUGCUGAUGCCUUGGUUGAUUCAUUGUUGGAGAUGAAUAUCUCUAGAACUGUGAAUUCUCGAGAAAUUCCUGCUUUCGAGCAGAAGUAUUGUCCAAGCAUGGUUGAAAGCAGCACUGAGGGAAAAGACACAGAUGACAGGGUUAUUUGGCGGACCCCAAUCGACUUUCCUGAUGCAAAGCCAGAAACUCUGCAGAGGACCCAGAUUAUACCACGACAACUGAAGCAACAAAUAAAUAAGGGUGUGCCCGUUAUAGGGGCCGGCGCGGGGACAGGCAUAUCUGCAGGAGUGUUGGUGGUGUUAGACCUGUUUCUGAGGAAUGGAAGGCGGCUGACUAGAAAAACUGAUGUACGUAGACCAAAGGAACUCACAGCUGACAGAUAA